CUGGAUCUGAUCGAUAUGGACAUAAUCGCGAGUGAAGUCUAAUCUGACGGGAGAGAGAGAUCAGCUGCUGCUGUGUGAGAUGACUGAGCCCAGUUUCCCAUUCAUUGCUCAGCUAGUGCACACAGUCCCUGCUGGAACCACCAAACAAGAUUUUACAGAGAGAAAAUACUGACUUGAUGACAGGUUUAAGUCUCGUGGCUUGUGCAACAGCUUGUGUACGCAAUCUCCGUUGUGGUGAGGAGUUUAACAAAGUGUGGGACAUGGCCAUGGCUGCCAGCGCUACUCCGAGACCCGAAGUGCCCAAACGGAGACGCAGAGCCAACCCGACGAUGGAUGGUAUGUAGUCGAGAGAACUACAGGACACAGGGAUGAUUACAAAACAGAACUUCAGAGGCUGUACUACAGCACGAUUGAUUCAGUGCUUGGAGAAAUGGAUCAGAGAUUCAGCGAGCGCAACUCGCAGCUGGCCAAACCACUUGCUGCGCUGAAUCCAGAAAGCGACACAUUCCUUGAUGCAAAGGCUGUGAAGCCCAUUAUGGACCUGUCGGGAUCGCCUGUAAUCGAGGCGCAUUAUGGACCUGUCGGGAUCGCCUGUAAUCGAGGCGCAUUAUGGACCUGUCGGGAUCGCCUGUAAUCGAGGCGCAUUAUGGACCUGUCGGGAUCGCCUGUAAUCGAGGCGCAUUAUGGACCUGUCGGGAUCGCCUGUAAUCGAGGCGCAUUAUGGACCUGUCGGGAUCGCCUGUAAUCGAGGCGCAUUAUGGACCUGUCGGGAUCGCCUGUAAUCGAGGCGCAUUAUGGACCUGUCGGGAUCGCCUGUAAUCGAGGCGCAUUAUGGACCUGUCAGGAUCGCCUGUAAUCGAGGCGCAUUAUGGACCUGUCGGGAUCGCCUGUAAUUCACUCAAAAAAAUGAUUCAAGCCCUUCUUAGACUUGACACAUUAAAAAUGGUUUCACUUUACUUAAAUAUUUUUAUUUAAGAAAUAAACCUAAGUAUAGUUCAUUAGUGUAACACAAAUUACAUUAAUCAAUUCACUUAUUAAAUGUAUUUAAGACAGAGCAACUCAAAAUGAAUUGUUUUCAUUGGGGACCGCCCCUUUGCACACCCCCUUUGCGUAUGCGCAACAUCCGUUCUGUCAUUUGCCGCCUUUUGUCUAACACUGACUGUGGAAACUGACUGGGGAAACUGACGGUGGAAAGUCUAUUAUUUGUUUGAUCAGCAUUAACAAGCACCUUGGGGAAACCUCUUAUUUAUGGUUAUGCAUGUGGCAGUGCAAACACUGCAGUUUGGAACUAGCUAGCAGAUUAAAAGGUGUUCCAUAACGGCAGGUCGGGCGCUUCUGCGCAUCAUCUUUGCCGACCAGUCUGACUCUAGAAAACUGACCCUGGAUUCGGGAAUCCCAGCAACAGUUGAAGAACUGCACACAUUUGUCAAGACAUCUCUUCAAUUGAAAGAGGACUUCCGUCUGCAAUACAUGGAUGUUGACUUUAACGAGUUCAUGAAUCUUACAUCAGUGUCUGAAAUUCAGGAUAAAAGCACACUGAAAGUAAUUUACUCUCCUAUAUUGUCAAAUAUUGAGCCCUCCAUCACUUAGUACACAGUUGACUCAUUUGAUAAGACCUCAAUUACUGGAAGCUCAGAGUCUCUAAUCCCUGCAUCAUCAAUAGCCUCAUGCUGCAGUGAUGAUAUGGUGUAUACGUCAACCCCGCAUCCAUCCCCUGAAGCUCAGGCCUCACAAUUGUUAUCCUGGCCCACAGUUUUUGUGGUUCCUAAGCUCACCUACGAGGCUGAAUUUGAGCUUCAUCUACAGAAUGCAGAGUUUGAGACAACUGGUACAUACUUCCAGCCUGGCCUAAAGCUGAAAGGAGUCAUUCUUGAUGGCCUAGCCCAAGAAAUGAUCAAAUUCACAAAAUAUCCAAAAGACUAUCAGUGUGAAGAGGUAGCUGCAGCGUUGACGAGGGCCCACCCUUGUUUGGGGCAGCUAGGAUCCAAGAUAGGAUUUGGGGGGUGGAAACAGUCUCUUAAGUACAAAAUGCAAAACUAUCGUACAAAGCUUGGCCGUCUUGGACAUCCUGAAAUCCUUGUGAACUCCUUAAAGCACAAGAAAACAGGCCAAGGCAAAGCUGCAGCAAACAUAAAAAAACAAGAAAAGCUGAAAUAAACUACAUUCCUCUGCACCCAAAAGGCGAAACCACAGAAAGCUUGGAGAACGAGAGAAUUGCCUUAUUGUCAGAACUGAAAAAGUGUGACAAUGAAGUGGUGAUAAAAGCAAAAAUGGAAAAAACCUUCUCUCACAGACGCCUUGAGAUUGUGGAGCAAAGGCCUUUGAUAGGGGACUUCAAAUGCAGAUGGCCUGCUCUGUUUCAGCAGAGUGAAGUGAAUGCGGAGUUUUUGAGGAUCACAACAUCACCACUUCAAUCAAAGUUCAUGUGGCAGCUGGACCACUUCUCAGACAAGCUCUUGAAGAUCUUCAAGAUCAAAGGAGGACUAAAGGGCCACAAAAUCAAGGAAGCCCUUGCAAUAUCAGAUUUGUUUGAAAACAUCCACAUCAAGAGGGGGUGCAUCCUGCGAAGCAUCGCGAUCUACCUCAACGAGGAUCCAGACUCUUUUUUUAAGGAGUAUCAGGCCACUGCCUCUGAAGAUGCCAAGAGGGACAUGGCAAACACAGUCAUGGGCAUAUACACACUUCAAAGAGAUGUGGAUGGGCAGCAAGAGGACGUGGGAAUUGUCAUCGAAGGCAAUAUAGUCAUGGACAACUUGGGCAGCGUGAUUGUGGGGUUUGUCAUGCUAUUGGGACUUAUUUAUGCCCUGGAUUUGAGCUUUCCGGACAACCUCAAACACACCUUCGAGUUCAUGCAGAAGGUAGUGAUGAAUCUGGAUGGGCACAAGCUGAAUGGUAAAAUCGAAAGUCUGAAGAUCAAGUUGUUCGAUUGAAAUGUGAAAAAGAAGUGACUCAUGAGUUCAUUGUUGUCAUUUUAUUCACGAGUUUCCUAAUCAGAGCAGAUUGAGCCGUUAUAUCAAUCAUUUGUGCUUUUCUGUAUUUGUUUGUUUCAACACACUGUAACACUAUUUCCAUAUGUUGGUGUUUGCAGUGCACUCUUCAUGUUAUGUGUUAUUGUCCUGUUAGAAGAGCAGUGCAUACCCCUGUUAUAUUGUAUUCAUUGUAUUUGGCAAAGGGAGAUUUGUAAGUUAAUUAUAGGAGUUCCAUUUCUCUGCCAUUUUAAAAAUGGUAUUAUCUUUCAGAAAUGUUUUUCAUCUUUCAGUGUGAAUUCAUUCAUUUUAAAACACUAUUGAAUGGAGGAUUGUUUUGAAUAAUGUGAAUUUAAAAAUAAAAAAAACUAAACCAUGUUUUCUAUCAUGUGUAACACAUUUUUAUUAAAUUAUAUUUAACCUCAUUAUUUCAUUUUCAAUUAAUUAAAUAGGAUUUAGGUGGACUAGCAUUAUCUAAAUUCAUAAAGGUAAUGUUAUCAUUUUACUUAAACUCUAUUUGAAAAAUUUGAGUUGGACUAACUCAUUUACAUUAUACUGCAUGGAUGCCAUUAGUUUGAGUUUGUGCCACAUAUAUUUAUUGGAUGGAAAACCUGCCAACAAUAAAAUUGAGUUAAUCCAAUGAGUUAUUUCUUUGAGUGUUGAGGCGCAUUAUG